UGACUCCUUUUCUAUAUGCUAUAUUUACAUCAAGAUGAGAUAAAGCAAAAGGUGGAUGCCAAAUUUAAUGAGUUGGGGGACAUGUGCGAGAGGGGGGAGCUUGAACCUGAGCAGGCUUAUGAGCUAUUCAAAGAAUUUGAGGAUAAGAUGGUCUCAGAGUGCACAGAACUAAUGGAAGCAGAGCCACCAACUGUUGAUGAACUUUCCGAACAAGAUAAGAAGAGUGUUGAGCUGAAUGAUCCACCUGGUGCGGGACCUGUUCUAAGGUGGGAGUCAACUAUUGUCUUUGCUCCUGGUGGUGAUGCAUGGCAUCCCAAAAAUAGGAAAGUUAAACUCAGUGUAACUGUCAAGGAACUGGGACUUUCCCGGCAUGCUUUCCGUCGACUACGUGAGGUUGUUGGAAAGAGGUAUAACUCAGGAAAAGAUGAGCUUACAAUAACCAGUGAAAGAUUUGAUCACCGGGAGGAGAACAGAAAGGAUUGCUUGAGGACACUGUAUGCUCUUGUGGAAGAUGCCAUGAAAGCGGACGUGUUGGCCGAUGAUGCUAGAAAUGCUUAUGUUAAAGGGAGGCUUAAGGCUAAUUCUCAGUUCAUGGACCGACUGAAGAUGAAGACACAUAAAUUAAGGCAAGCUGCAUAAGGCGUGGCUAUGGAGCUUCCAGUUGGAACAAAUCAUCUCUCUUGUCAUCAGUAUGGAGACCAUCCUGUUCAAUAUCUGUAUUGUUAUAAAUGGGGGAAAUUGUGCCCUUCUGUACUUCUGCUUUUGUUUGCACUCUUUUCUAGGUUUUACUGCAUUACUUUGUUCCUUCCAAGAGAAAACUGUAGUUUAUUCUGGACAUACACCAUGCCUGUGCUGCCGUGCCAACCAGUUUGCACAAGCGAUUGGUGAAAGACUAUGCACGGUACUGCUAUUUAUUCUGGUCGCUGACUCUAGACAAGUGAUAAACGAAAGUGCUUACUGUCCCCUGGUUUGCUCUGCCAGCCGAGUUGAGAAAUUGAUUCUUGCUUA